GCCACCGCCCGGUCUGCAGCUAUCAUAUUGAAGUCAGAGCGCCUUUUCUCAUAUGUCACAGCAAAUGGUUACCGCUGCGGGGCCCAGCGGCGUGAACCCACGCCGACGAAAGCUACUCGACCAAGAUGUUCCUCCUGAAUUGCGCACGAAAAGGGCUAAACGAGCGCGUAUUGCUCGUCGCCAGCGCCGGCAGCGUAUUAUUGAAGAGGAGGAAGAGUACCAACAGCUUGUACUUUUCUGGAUAGGAGUCAUCCAGUACUUCAUGAAUAAGGCCGCAAGAGCAAAAGAAGCAAUAGAUUCUCCCACAGCGUCAGAGUCCGGCCCAUCAUCAGGGUCCGGCCCAUCAUCAGGAUCUGGCCCAUCAUCAGGGUCCAGCCCAUCGUCAGGGUCCAGUCCUUCAUCAGCGUCCGGCCCUUUGUCAGCAUCCGGCCCUUCGUCACCGUCCGGUACUUCCUCAGUGACAUUGCGACCACCGGUGGCAUCACAGGCAUCACACAAUGAUCCAGAGCACUGUGCAUUGGCGGCAUUGGCACCAUCAGCGGCAUCGGCACCAUUGGCGGCAGCAGCAGCUGAACAGCCCAAGACAUCAGCUGAACCACCACUACCGCCAAUAUCAACACAGCCAACAGCAGUUCUUCCGGAUACAGCACCAUUAGCACCAAUGUCGCCAGCAUCUGCACCAUUAGCUGCAGUACCCAACGAACAGCUCAUCGCCACCGCAGUGCCGUCAUUGCCGUUUCCAGGUGAAGAUGCAGGCAGUGCUGAUGUGGUGUUAGCGCAGGGAUCUGACGAAGAACUGAUUGUGGAAUAUACCGAUUCCAUACCAUUGUUCGAGAGCGAUACACAUGAUAUGUACGUGAUCGUGGAUGAUUCCGAAUACACCUUCGAAUUGCCCUUCGAGUGUAUGGAACGUGAAAGGGCGAACAUCAUGGAAGAUAUUUUUUUUUGAAUUAUCCUCAUUCUCAGCUGAAUAUCUUAUACCUUACGUGUUUUACUAUUAUCAAUUUAUUGCCUAUCAUAAUAUAGAAAUAGUGUCUUGUAUAACCUAUCAUGUAGUAGUGAGAACUAUUAUCAAUUAUUCAUAAAUAUUAACAUUUUAUUGAAUAUCAUAAUAUAGAAAUAGUGUCUUGUAUAACCUACCACGUAGUAGUGAGAAAUAAAGUACUUUCACCCCCUA